GAGAGCUCCAACUUAGUCUUGGCUGCGCGGACCAAGGCGGAUCUGGACGAGGUCGCCACGGAGUGUUCGAAGGUGCCAGGAGUUGGGAAGGUCCAAACCUUUCCCGUGGACCUUUCCGAUCGGGAGGGCGUCGACUCGCUGGCUUCCUUCGUGGACAGCUGCGGAGGUUGCGAUGUUUUGGUGAACAAUGCUGGACGGGUGUCGCCGGGAAGUGCUUCGGAGGGAGACGUGGACGAUUGGGACAAGAUGAUCUACCUGAACUUGAAUGGAGUCAUGCGACUGACUCGGCGACUGAUCCCAAACAUGGCCGC